AUGGGGGCAGGCCACAGAGGCAAUGCCAUUCCACAGCCGAGCUGCUACACGUCGGGGGGGUGGGCACACUCGAAACCCAGCCUCGCUCCCUCCCCGUCUGCGCGUGUGACUGAGGGAGUGCGAGUGUUAGUCGCAGACUAGCAGGCACGACUUUUCCCUGCAGCCAGCCUCGCCCACCACUGGGAAAGAAAAGACGGGAAAUUCAGACGGGGUGGGGGUCAGCAAGCAGCCAGCUCUGCAGUUUCUUCUCGACAAUCCCGGAAGGCAGCAACGAACGAAAGAAGGAAGGAAGCAAGGCAAGCAGGCAGGAUGAUCGCGGCUCAACUCUUGGCCUACUACUUCACUGAGUUAAAGGAUGAUCAACUCAAAAAGAUCGACAAGUACCUCUACUCCAUGCGGUUGUCGGAUGAGACGCUCAAGGACAUCAUGAACCGCUUCCGCCGAGAGAUGGAGGACGGCCUCGGCCACGGCACUAACCCCACUGCCACCGUAAAAAUGCUGCCCACCUUUGUCCGGUCCAUCCCUGACGGAUCAGAAAAGGGGGAUUUUAUCGCUCUGGACCUCGGUGGAUCAAACUUUCGGAUCCUGCGAGUCAAGGUGACCCAGGAUAAAAAGCAACCGGUCCAAAUGGAGAGCCAGGUCUAUGAGACCCCCGAUGACAUCAUUCACGGGAGUGGGACUCAGCUCUUCGACCACGUGGCUGAAUGCCUCGGCGACUUCAUGGAGAAACAAAAGAUUAAGGACAAAAAGCUUCCUGUUGGAUUCACCUUCUCAUUUCCCUGCGCCCAAAGCAAACUGGACGAGGCUGUCCUAGUCACAUGGACAAAGAAGUUUAAGGCCAGCGGCGUGGAAGGCAUGGAUGUCGUAAAACUUCUCAACAAGGCCAUCAAGAAACGAGGGGACUAUGAGGCUGACAUCAUGGCAGUGGUGAAUGACACCGUGGGAACCAUGAUGACAUGCGGCUUUGACGAUCAGCGCUGUGAAGUGGGCAUCAUUAUUGGAACUGGAACCAACGCCUGCUACAUGGAGGAAAUGCGUCACAUUGACCAGGUGGAGGGCGAUGAGGGUCGGAUGUGCAUCAACACGGAGUGGGGGGCCUUUGGGGACGACGGCUCCUUGGAGGACCUCCGUACGGAGUUUGACCGUGAAAUCGACAGGGGGUCCCUCAACCCAGGAAAGCAGCUUUUUGAGAAGAUGGCCAGUGGCAUGUAUAUGGGGGAACUGGUGCGACUCAUUCUGGUCAAGAUGGCCAAAGAGGGUUUGCUUUUUGAAGGACGCAUAACACCUGAGCUCCUGACAAGGGGGAAGAUUGAGACCAAACACGUUUCUGCCAUUGAAAAGACUAAAGAAGGGCUGAAGAAAUGCAUGGAAAUUCUAACAAGGCUGGGGGUGGAGCCCUCUGAUGAAGAUUGCCUGGCCGUGCAACACGUGUGCACCAUCGUGUCGUUCCGCUCGGCCAAUCUGAUUGCUGCCACCCUGGGGGGCAUCCUCUCUCGCCUGAAAGAGAACAAGGGGGUGGCUCGCCUUCGCACCACUGUGGGCAUCGACGGCUCUCUCUACAAAAUGCACCCUCAGUACGCCCGCCGUUUGCACAAGAUGGUACGUCGCUUGGUGCCAGAUUCGGACGUCCGCUUCCUGCUGUCUGAGAGUGGGAGUGCCAAGGGCGCCGCCAUGGUGACGGCGGUGGCGUACCGCCUCACAGAGCAGGCGCGGCAGAUCCAGCAAACCUUGGCCGAGUUCCGACUGAGCAAAGCCCAGCUGCUGGAAGUGAAGAAGCGCAUGCGAGUUGAAAUCGAAAGGGGACUCAAGAAGGACACUCAUCAGGAGGCCACGGUCAAAAUGUUGCCCACAUACGUCCGAAGUACGCCGGAUGGAACAGAGAACGGAGACUUCCUCGCUCUGGAUCUCGGAGGGACAAAUUUCCGUGUCCUUCUGGUAAAGAUUCGCAGUGGAAAGAGGCGGUCAGUGGAGAUGCAUAACAAAAUCUAUGCCAUUCCGAUAGAGGUUAUGCAGGGCACAGGAGAGGAGCUCUUUGACCACAUUGUGCACUGCAUCUCGGACUUCUUGGACUACAUGGGAAUGAAGAGCGCUCGUUUGCCUUUGGGUUUCACCUUUUCCUUCCCUUGCCAUCAGACCAGCCUGGAUGCAGGAAUACUCGUGACUUGGACCAAAGGCUUCAAAGCCACUGACUGCGAGGGCGAAGAUGUGGUGGAGCUUCUGAGGGAGGCGAUCAAGAGGAAAGAGGAGUUUGAGCUGGAUGUAGUCGCAAUUGUCAAUGACACGGUGGGCACCAUGAUGACAUGCGCAUAUGAGGAACCUACGUGCGAAGUGGGUCUGAUUGCAGGGACGGGAAGCAAUGCCUGUUACAUGGAGGAGAUGAGGAACAUUGAGAUCGUGGAAGGGAAUGAAGGUCGAAUGUGUGUCAACAUGGAGUGGGGUGCGUUUGGAGACAAUGGCUGCCUGGAUGACAUUAGGACCCAGUACGACCAGGCAGUGGACGAGAACUCGCUCAACGAAGGCAAACAAAGAUAUGAGAAGAUGUGCAGCGGGAUGUACCUGGGAGAGAUUGUCAGGCAGAUCUUGAUUGAUCUCACCAAACGUGGAUUCCUAUUCCGGGGACAAAUCUCUGAAACGCUAAAGACUAGAGGCAUCUUUGAGACUAAGUUUCUGUCUCAGAUCGAAAGCGAUCGUCUGGCUCUGCUGCAGGUCAGGGCCAUCCUGCAGCAGCUGGGGCUGGACAGCACCUGUGACGACAGUAUCAUUGUGAAGGAGGUGUGCGGCACUGUUUCCCGCCGCGCUGCCCAGAUUUGCGGGGCCGGCAUGGCGGCAGUGGUGGACAAGAUCCGCGAGAACCGGACACAGGACCAUCUAGACGUGACUGUGGGCGUGGACGGAACCCUCUACAAGCUGCACCCACACUUCUCACGGAUCUUCCAGCAAACGGUGAAGGAGCUCUCCCCAAAAUGCGACGUCAAUUUCCUGUUGUCAGAGGAUGGCAGCGGGAAGGGGGCUGCCCUCAUCACGGCGGUGGGCUGCCGUCAGAGGGAGCAAGAAGCUCAGCAGCACUGAGGCCCUCCUUGAAAGUACGGAAGAAAAAAAAAAAAAAAAAAAAACAAAUACCCGCUGCUCCAUUGCUACCAGUCACCCCGCCCACCCCCCCAACAGCCGUGACCCCGACUCUGGAGCCCAACCGCUCACCACCCGACCACCGCCAGGGCAGAGCGCAACAAGCAUCCCGAGCUCUGCAUAUUUAUUUUUCUGCACCAGCAGCUUUCUUGUGUUUGAACACUCUCUUUGGUAGCUUGUCGUCGUCCAAACUCCGUAGGUGUGUAAUAUUUGUGUAUUGCUAAUUUUAUUUUUAUAUGGAGGCAAAUAUAUGACUUUAUAUAGCUGAUGCCACUUUUGGAUCUGGUAGGAUUUUACACCAUAGAGACAAGAAAAUGCCUGCACUUUUUAUAUACAGCAUAUGUAUACAAACACACAGACGGGCCUGACAGGCCAAGGCGUUCCCAAUGUACAUUUCGAAAUGCUGGCCAACAAGGGCUUGCGGCCGAGUCACGGCUGCUCCAUUCCUCCCCAUAACAUCAUGUGCUAAGCUACUGACCAGAGAUUGGGGACUCAAGUCAUUCUGACUUGGACUCGAGUCACUGUUUUCAUUACUUUGUGACUUGAGAAAAACAAAAAGACUUGAGACUCGACUUGGACUUGGGAGUUAAAGACUCGGGACUUGCCUUGGCAUGAGACAUGCUGUGUUGGGAAUUCUCUACUCCCUAGUCAUUAUAAAAUGAUUUUUGUGUAGUGGAAAUAUAUCUUGCACUAAAAAUUCCACAAAAAAAAAAAAUAGUGAGUAGGGUGUAGUGAAUGCAUGAAUGAUUACUCCCUAAACACGACAUAGGGAUUUUUUUUUUUUAAUAUAGUUCAUUGUCAAAUAAAAAAGUGUUGUAGAACAUUAUUCUUGCAGCAUCAAUUACCUCAUUGCUGUUGCAUAAAUACGACAAAUAAUAUCACUUACUGUAAUAAAUAUAGAACCAUGACACGGUUUUAAGAUGAGACUAUUCUACAAAGAAAUACAAACGAAGCACUUUAUGUCAAGCCGUACCUUUAUGAAAGACAUUUUGGUGCCACAACUUUGUCUCGUAUUGGCACAAUCGCGAGAUAUACUGCUUUAUCUAGUGACCGUCAGUUGUUCUUGUGUUUGAGCCAUGAACAUUUCCAAAGACGUCCAUUUGUAUGCCUUUCUGUGGCUCUUCCAGUCUCCGUUUCGACCUGGUGAUGAUGACACUAUGACUAAGCUCAGUGGCCAAAGACACUUCAUACUCUUGAUCUGCUGCUGAUCAUUUAUUAGGUGUUUGUCUCAGGAUGUCUCAAUGUCAACAGCACGAUGAAGAGGACUCUUUAAAGACCAAUUCUACGGAAACCGUGAAAUUAAUUUGUUCAUUCGUACAUCAAGCAUGUUAAUUUUGCCAUCCAGCUCCUUGUUUCAAAACAGCAAGUUAUGCAAAAACGACAAACAGUGAAGAGCUGGACAUGACCAUACGAACGUUUUGAGGUCAGUUUACAUUCACCUGUAAAGGUGAUGUGGCAUUUUAGGUUCAUUUAGAAAUUUCCCCCAAAACCAAAUACUGUACUGGUAUGCCGAACUUUUCAGUCACUUGUUCCCUGGUACUGGACUUGAGAUAACCUGCGACUCGACUGUGACUUGAAGGUUAAGACUUGAGACCUGCACAUGUGUGACUUAAGCCCAACUCUGCUCCUGACCACGGGUUUGAUCCGUGUUGGUCACGUCCAAGUAGCAAGCGGCAAAUGUUAGCCUUAGAUUAGAACAUGUUUGUGAACUAACUAUGCUUUGUCGUCGUGAUGAAUCCCGCAUUAACUCUGACCGGGAGAGGUGGAGUACUACUAAGCUGCAAGCGCUUUAUUGUGUAUUUUGUGUCAAGAGUGUGUACGUGACGUGUGUGUCGGACAUGUACGCUUUCAAUGUCUAAAGCUGUGUGGAGACUGCAUGCCUUACACACAGACAAAAUGGGGAAAUACGAGAUAUUUUGUCUCAUUCGGAAGACAAACACAGUGACAACUCUGUUCAUGAUUAAAUUCUAUUUUGUUGUGGAACAAAGUCU